GUUUGGUCACCUCCUCCUCUCUUCUUCCUCUCUCCCACUCUCUCUCUUUUUCUGUCUGUCUGUCUUUUUCUUUCCCUUCUCCUCCUCGUCCCUUUCCUCCUUUACCAACACCACUAGCACCACCAGCACUCUUUGAGGCCUUGACGUCUCUCUCGCUCUAUCCUACUCUACCCCCCUCCUCCCCCCAGUUCUCUCUCUCCUCUCUCUCGCCCUCUCUCCCUCUUCCUCUUCUCUUUUUCUCUCCUUCUUCUCUCUUUCUGUCUCUGUUUGGCUAUGGCGUUCCCUCUCCUCCUCCCUCAACCCUCCCGCCCUCGCCGCUAGGGUCGCUCCGCCUCGCUCAAGGUGCUAGUUGUAGAGAAACGUGCGAGUUUGUUGCUGUUGCGCGUCGUUGUUAGCACGGGUUGCAGGCGCUUGUUGGUAGGUUAUGGUAGCAACGGCAGCGGGGGGCGUUGUGCCGGCGCGGAUCUGAGAGUGGAGUGGGACUGUGCUGCGGUAUGGUGGAGCCUGCCGCGCGCAGCUUGCUGUGAGGGUGGUAUCGCGUGCGAGGAGUGUGAUGAGAGUAGAGGGUUUCGGCCAUUGACGCCGUGGGUGGGGGUGGUGGUGGCGUUGGCCUGGGGUUGAUUUCGGUGGUAGAGGUUGGUGGCUACUGCCUAGAUGCGGUGGGAGGUAGUUCUGAGGGCCUAGAAACUGGAAAGAGUAGAAGAGGAUAUAGAGGAAGUUUCAAAAGUUGGAGGCGAGAGAGAGCGCGCGAGGGGUGGUGAGUAGAGGUGAGGAAAACGGUGUUAUUGAGAUCGACGGGUUUAAGAUCAAGGGAGGAAAUGUCAUGCAUGAGCCUCAAAACGAGGAGAGGAAGCACAUGUGGUCUCCCCCCUCACAACGUUCAUCUGUUGGGAACCCUGCCGACCAGAGAGUUUUCAAUAAGGACGGAAGAGCUCUCAACGUUGGAGAUUGCGCACUCUUCCAGGCAGGGAGUGAUCAGCCGUUUAUUGGGAUUUUACGUAAGGUGACUUCAGAGGCAGUUGACCAAGUAAAAUUGACUGUUAAUUGGUUGUAUCGAGAGAAGGACUUGAAGUUGGCGAAAGGAUCGGUGCUGGAGGCAGAGCCAAACGAAAUAUUCUACUCUUUUCAUAGGGAUGUUAUUCCAGAAACGACGCUGCUUCAUCCCUGUAAAGUCGCAUUUUUACGAGAAGGAAUUGAAUUACCCGCCGGAGUUUCUUUUGGAUUCAUCUGCCGAAGAGUCUACGAUACUACAAACAGGCGUUUAUAUUGGCUCUCGGAUCAAGAUUAUACCAAUGAACAUCAGGAGGAGGUAGAUGAACUCUUGGAUAGGACAAAGCUGGAGAUGCAGGCAGCUACACAGGCAGGGGGUCCUUCACCAAGAAAUCUGUCAGGAUCGACAACAGUCCAGCUCUUGAAAGGGGUAAGCGAAUCUGCGCAAAAUGGUUCUUACUCCGCAGCCGGAAAAUGCAAGAAGCGGGAACGAUCUGAUCAAAACGUGGACCUCACUAAACGGGAACGGAAUGUGAAGCUGGAGGAUGCAGAGGGCAGUCCCUUGAAGCGUGAGCGCAGCAUGAAGCCGGAAGAGAUUAUAAGCAACCUGGACAAGGAUGGGGGUCUGGCAGAUUUAACUGGUGUGGAAUGUUUAGUCCAGCUUAUGCAACAAGAUCAAAAUGAUGGCAACAAGAAAGUCGCAGAUAUCAGUGGUCGUCGUACCAAGCUAGCAAAUAUAAUUGCUGCCACAGAGAAAGACGAGUGCCUCAGCCUGUUCUUACAUUUAGGAGGAUUACGGUUACUUGACGAAUGGCUACAGGAAGCUCACAAAGGCAAAGCAGGAGAUGCCGGUAGUCCGAGGGAAGGUGACAAGGGUGUUGAGGAGUUGCUGCUAGGCCUUCUUCGAGCCCUGGACAAGCUCCCUGUAGAUCUAAAAGCGUUGAAAACAUGUGUCGUCGGUAAAUCAGUGAACCACUUACGAGGUCAUAAAAAUCUGGAAAUCCAGAAAAAAGCUAGAAAACUGGUAGAUGUUUGGAAGAAGCGUGUGGAUACAGAAAUGAAGCUGUCAGGGGAAUCAAAACCGGGCGGAGGGAACGGAAUUUGGUCAUACAAGCUGUCACAAUCUGAGCCGGUCCACACUUCGUCAGGUAAGGAUUCGGGGGUUCCUCUCGAGGGAACCGUGAAAAAUGCUGCGGCCACCUCAGGUAAUACGAAACCCGUACAGAAUGGGCCAGUCAACGGCGACAGUUCUGCAAAAACCACAGAAGGGUCAGGGAAAGCUGGUUCUCCUCUUUUACCUGCUGUUAAAGAUACUAGCGCCAAACUUCCUGCAGGGAAUUACGGUUCUGAUGUGCAUGCAGAUAUGGCAAAGGAGGAGAAAAGCAGCUGCUCGAGUCAUUCUCUUAGUAAUGGACAUUCUUUGGCUAGUGGGGUCGAAAAGGGUGCUGCCACAGUAUGGAAAGACGAAGCUAAGAAUGGAGUUGUGAUCCCUGGAAAAGGUGGUAGUGGUGGUACAGGGCUGCCGAGCUUGGGACAACCUGGGGCAAAUCCCCCAGGCGGUUACAAGGAGACUAGUUCUGAUAAAGCUGCUGUCUGGAAUAAGAACUCGGCUACUGAGAAGGUAGGCAGUCCAGUUGGAGGUGCAGAAAAGGAUGUGGAAUCUGGAGGGUCUCAGCAGCGCCUUAUUGUGAGAAUACCAAAUUCAGCGCGUAGUCCCGCACCGUCGAGCGGAGGAGCAGGUGAAGGGCAUGUUAGCAGAAGCUCGUCUCCGAGUGCGUCGGAACGUCAAACACCCGCUAAUUUUGAUAAGUCGCAACAAGUUGAAGCCGCAGAGAAUCCAAAUUCCUCAGCAAGGCCGUCAAGAUCCACUCCUAUGGAUACUACUGAAGGGGCCAUGGGCUUGCUAGCUACCGUUGCAGCAGCUGCCGAGGAGUCUGGGGGAGAAUUUUUUCACACUGUUGAUAGUACAGGUCAGGCAGACAUGCGGGUUGACCCCACUGCCCAGAGGACGAAGCAUGAAGAGACUGGGGUAUUGCAAAGCUUCGCAGAGCACGAGCCUUCUCCAAGUGUUGGUCAUGGAGAUGGAAAAAGUGAUCGAAAGGAGCAGCAGGUUACCAGUCAUACACUUGAGCAGUCUGCUGGAACUGAAAAGAGUGCGGAAAGGCAUAAUCUGCGUAGAGAUUCUGCCAAUGGAGAAGGACUACGAAUGGACAACGUCAAUGCCAAGUUGACGGUGGAACAUCCUUAUUUGAAAGAGCAUAAAGUGAAAGAUAUAAAUGACUUGGAGAGUAAGCCUAUUGGUUUUGAUGGACAACUUAGUAUUAAAUUUGGAACACGAACUGGUGAAAGGGGGUUGUCACGUACUCACUCGAAAGUGGCCAAGUCAGCUAUUGAACUCUGCAAUGGUAUUGGAUUGGGAGAUUACAGGUCUUCCUUUGGAGUUCCUUCUGUAGAGCAUCUGAUGGAUGAGAGGCCGGGGAGAAAGAGAGGACAAGAAGUAGGCCAGUUAUUUGGAAGGAGAGGCGACUCUGAUGUGCAUCGAAUAGCGGACCUUGGGUUCCCGGAGGAGGAUGUCCUCGAAGUCGCUAGACAGGCUGCAGAUGAGGUAGAGCAGAUGGAAAAGUAUGGAAAACCCGUAUCUAGCUCACUGUUGGACAGAGAUGCGCAUGAAACUAGGCCAGUGGGGAUUUCUCCUGGUACUGAGACUAGAGAGUCGAGUGUUGGGGAUGCGCCUGGUAGGGAUAGGAUAUCCUCUGUGGUGCUUGACAAUGUGAAAAAUACUAAAACUAUUCCUCAGGAUCAGCGUUAUUCAGACAGAAACGUGCGAAUGCAUUUCGAUGAUACUAGAGAAGAUACGGAGCAGAGAAAGGGUGAGGUUGCGGAGGCUGCUGUAGGAUCUGGUUUAGUUGAGGGUCACGAGCUGGAUGCACCAAACGCUGGGCAGAGGAGUGUUACUGCUCCCAGCUCUUCACCGAAAGCACAAGAAUCACACAUGGCGCUGGAAAACAGCCAACAAGACUCAAGGGGAGUUAACCCAAAUACACCGCAGCAAGCCGGAGAAAGCUGUGGUCCCAGCGAAACUGGCGUGGGAGGGAGUGAGGUGGCCGAACGCCCGGUUUUUGAUUUGAACGAGGGUUUUACGGGAGAAGACAGUCCUCAAAACGAUGCUACCACCUUGACCGUUUCAAUGCCUCCUAUUUUGGUUCAUCCCAUAGCUUCUGGAGCCUCAGCAAGUGGAGUUGCUGCACCUAUUGCUGUUCUUGCUGCCACCAAAGGAGCAUUUAUUCCUCCAGCGAGCCCUUUGAGGAAUAAAGGGGACCAUUGCUGGAAAGGUUCAGCUGCUACCAGUGCAUUCCGUCCAGCAGAGCCUCGUCGUACACCAGAGAGGCUUAAUUCCAACGGAGAAAGCAUAGCCUCGGAUGCGAAUCUCGCCAUGACGACUAUUAUGCAAAAACGGGCCAGACCUCUUUUAGAAUUUGAUUUGAAUGUGGCGGACGAAAGGGUGACACACGAGGCAGGGAUUUCUGCCACCACUUUGUCCUCUCAGGGUUCAGUGUUGGGUAUGUCUUUGCAUAGCAAUUCUGUACCAUCAAGCUUGGUGUCUGGUUUGACUUGUGUAAAGCCAGAGAGUUCACGUGUGGCAUCUCUGAAACCAGAGAGUUCUAGUUCAGCGUACCCUCUUUCCAAUGGUGGUAGUGGACCUUUACGAAGCAGCCAAGGGCAAGCCCCUCCAGCGAAUGGGCAAGGGAGCAUGCGUCCUACCUUGGACUUGGAUUUGAAUCGGAUGGAUGACAGCGAAGAAAAUUGCGUGCCUUUGUUUGUGGACCCGCGAGGAACUAUGGAAGGACUAGGAUCAUCAGCGCGCAGCAACAAUAGCACAACGCAACCGCAAUCCCAACCUCCACCGCAACCUGCGAGAAGGCCUAUGGAUUUCGAUCUAAAUGACGGGCCAUCCUUGGAGGAGAGUGGGGGUGAGGAGACUGCUGUGCACCCUUUUAUGUCGAGAAAACCUCCAGCUGGUAACGUAGGGCCCUCGGCAAUGACACUAACGGGUCUGAGGAUGGGUGGGGACACAAUGAGCCUAUCACCAUGGACGUUCUCAGCGGGCCCUGGCAACGGUAAUCCUGGGGGUGCUCUUCCCCCUUUUCUUUCUAGCAGGCCUUUGGACUCGGGGUAUUCAGUUGCUAAUGCGGUUGUCCCCCAUCCAUUUUUGAAUACCAACACUGGCGCUGGCCCUCCGUCAGCCCCAGCUCCUGGAGGAGGUGGUGCCAGUGGGGAAAUGUUCGGGGCUGGUGGUUUAGGGUCUGCAACCCCUGCCGUGGUGUACCCUGGAUCGGAGCGGAUGCCUUUUGGAGUGUCUUAUGGGCCCUAUUCAAUGUUCGGAAACUCUCCAAGUUUUCAUCCAUCGUCGACUGCUUUUCCAGCGACGUCCAUGCCAUUUGGUGAAAUGCCUAAUUUGCUUCCUAUUCCAUCGAUGGGUUCACAGCCCUUGGUCAAUCCUGGGACAAUGACCUCGUCGUAUCUGAUGGGCAUGGCAGAGAUGGGUCCCAUGACAAACGUGGGGACGGAUCAUGGUUGGAGCAGACUAAGCUUGGACUUGAACUCAGGUCCAGAGGCUGGUGAGAGUGAGAGCACAAGAGAGGAAGGCAUGCACGGAAGAUUGCCGCCGCUGCAUCCAGGGGCGCCAGCGUUCACAGAUUUGAGCGCCACUCUUGCUCAAGUAGCAAACAACCCCGGGCUCCCUCCAGCUGUGAAGCGGAAGGAACCGGAGGGGGGAUGGAACCUCCACUCAGGGGUAGGAAUAUAUAAGCAAUCAACGUGGCGGUGAUUGUUAUAUAUACAUGAGUAUUUGUUAUUUGUGUACAGUCAACCUGGGACAGCUCUGACACCCAGUGGAGUCCGCCAGGCAAUUUUUUUUGUGAACGACUCCAACUUAGCCUAAUGGUGAGCAGUUCGUGACCUUCUCUUUCACCGAAGGACACCUCUUUCUAGUUCUUUUCAACCUGGCAAGAUGGCAAGCUAUUGGGCGAAUUAAGUACGAGCUUGGACUUCGAUCAAAUCGACAGUUUGAUGACAUUUGGCAUGAGAACUGACAGUUCUUGAUUUUAGGACAUAAAAAUUGGGUCAGAAAGAGACGUGAGCACAUGGCCUUUAUUAACCAAGCAUGUCUUGGGGAUGGCGUCUUCGUCGCUCUUCACUCUCGGGGACGUUGUGUGGCCCUUCUGCUCUGACAGAACAAUUUGUUAAUAUCCGUCGGUUAGAGCCCCCAGGGCAGUUUUUUUUAUUAUCUGUAUCUGUAGUUGCCUAGAUCUGGUCCUAGAGUAUCACUAGUUUCCUAAGUAUGUGUAGUAUCCUAAGUCCAGGACCAUAUUAUCAUGGUUGCAUUCUCCUGAUAGUCAUGCUUUGAUGAUAUCCAGUCAUGGUUUGUGUAUCUGUGAAAGAGUAUGGUCACCAUCUGACAAUUUUUGGUUUGUUAUCCUGCGUCCUCGCAAUCUCAAUUUCUCCUUGCAACCUUA